GUGAAGGAAGGUUAGUACUACGUGACAGUGAUACACCGUUGUGCCGUUUAAAUCGGAAUUUGAAAAGUCAACAAAAACAACAGUGCUUGUUUUCAGCACAAUCUGGUGGCGGACCUUCACCAUCAUCUCGGGGACAACAACAACAAAGUGGGGCCACAGAAGCCCGUCGUUUAUUCUGACCUCCUCCAGCGCUUUGAUUUCUUAGGCCGAGCUAUCAUCGAGACAUAAUGGCCACCACGACGGCGACGGAGAGCCUGUCCAAUGGAGAAGGACCUGUCCAUGAGGAUCAAGGAGACAACCUCAGACCCGAGGAUUUAUCCGAGAUGCUGGCCGCCGGCACCAAGGACGUUCACGAACAGGCGGAGAACACUCAAUUCGUAAAGGACUUUCUGCGAGGGCGCAUUCGCAAAGAGCUCUUCAAGCUGGGAGCCGUGGCUCUCUACUACACUUAUAGCGCCAUGGAGGAGGAAAUGGAGCGAAACAAGGAGCACCCUCAUUUGGCCCCGCUUUAUUUCCCCGUCGAGCUGCACCGCCACGAGGCGCUGGCCCGGGACCUGGAGUUCUUCUACGGCGCCGAGUGGGAGAGCCAGAUCCGCCUUUCCCCGGCCACCGAGCGCUACGUGGAGCGUAUCCGCGAAGUGGGGCGGGAGGACCCGGCGCUGCUGGUGGCCCACGCGUACACCCGCUACAUGGGCGACCUGUCCGGCGGCCAGGUGCUGAAGAAGGUGGCGCAGAGGGCCCUUAAGCUCCCCGCCACGGGAGAGGGACUGGAGUUCUACAUGUUCGACGCCAUCGACAGCCCCAAGGCCUUCAAGCAGCUCUACCGCAGCCGCAUGAACCAACUGGAACUGGAUGCCGAGUCCAAGAAGAGAGUGGUGGAUGAAGCCGUCAAAGCCUUUCACUUCAACAUGGAGGUUUUCCAGGAGCUGGAGGAAAUGGGCAAACCCAUCGAAGAGGAGGACGACACUGAAAACGGAAUGCCCGUUCACGGAGACGCCACGGGCGACGUCAGCAAAUGCCCCUAUUACGCUGCCAAAACGGCGGCAGCAGACGGGACGACUCACGCGUGUCAACUAGCCAUGGCUAUGUUGCAUCACCCCAGCGGCCAAGUCCUGGUGGCCAUCUGCGUGGCCCUUUUAGCCAGCCUGGUUGCCUGGUAUCUCAUGUAAGGGACCAAAAAAAAAAAAGGACGGGACAGUAAGAAAGCUUCUCAGGAGACCAAAAAGUAGACUUGGAUAUGAAGGACCAUGUGAAUCCUCCGCCCGCCUAGCCAACAUUUUAAUUUUUCUACCUCCUUAGCGCCAUCCAUGACAUUUACAGUCACAUCAGGUUUUCUCACUCGUUUUCAUACGUGAUUGGUUUAUGCUGGUACAGUAGGGCUGCCACUCUUAAUGAUUGAUCUUACCGUAGUGGGCCGACGUCCUUGAUUAUAAGACAACCCCCUCUUUUUCAAGACUCAAGUUUGAAAAAAAGACUUUUUGAACACCAAAUUCAUUUUUAUACAGAAAAUAAUUACAGUACAUCUGAUUAUAACAAUAUAUUUGAGAGAAAAAGCAUGUUAUUUUGCCUCAUUCAAAUCUUAAUAUCUGAACAUUUAAAUAUGUACGCUAAAGUGCAAUCGCAUUCGUAAAUGAAUGGCUUCUGGUUUUUGAAAUGUGAUUAAACCAAAAAACAGCAAAAUUGCAAUAACUGCAUUAACCAUCAAAGUGAAGUCUAACUGUAGUCUUGAAACAAAUCUGAAUAAGGAAAAACAUUGCAAUACAAUAAUGCAAACUGGUUGACUUGAGAGUAGCUGAGAUCUGUCAUGACAGAACAUCGCCAACUAGCGUCGAGAAUGGGCCCCCGGAUAUAAGACGACUCCCACUUUUUCAGUCUUAUUUCAAUGCAAAAAAUACCGUCUUAUAUUCGGGCCAAUACGGUAUUUUUGUGAUAAGUCAACAAAUCGGCUUGUUAGUGUUGGAACCAAAAACUGCUAAGAAAUGGACUAUGCAUAAUAUACCAUGUUUCAGAAGCAAAAGUAGACGUUUACAAAUACUGUAGUCAAUUCAAAUGAACUUAAGUACUGUAUUUUCCGCUCUAUAAGGCGCACCUUUAAUGAAUGACAUAUUUAAAAACUUUUUUCCAUAUAUAAGGCGCAUGGAAUAAACGCUACAGUAGAGGCUGGGGUUAUUUUAUGCAACCAUUAGACAGUGCUGCGCUAAAGGGAUUGUCAACACAACAGCAAGGUAAAACAUGUAGUGCAACAUUUAUAUCACAUAGUGGAGAGGAACUUUUCCUUUUCACAGUCACCCUUUUUGUUUUAGAUAGGUUAUCAUUUUUCCACUGUUUUGCAAUGUAUGCGCUGUAUUUGACCAGAGCAUGCAUAAAGGCCAAAAAUGCCUAUGCCUAUGACUAUACCUGCUGCUUAUGUUGAAUGAUCGCAUAUAAAACUAUUUAAUCAAAUUUUUGGAAGAUUUUUUUGGCCCCAAAAUGGUGAUUUAUAAUUGGUCAGUGAAGAAAACAACAGUUGAAUACAAAGUGAGUAAGAUUUUGUAUAUUAUGAUGGAGUGUUAUUUGUUGUUUUCUGAUGCAAUUUUGUAAGCCUGUUUUUUUUUUUUUUUUUUGCAAAUUUGUAUAAAACUGCCCCCCCCCCCCCCCCCCCCCAAAAAAAAAAAAAAAAAAAAAACUUGCGGCUCAAUACUAAUUCAUAUAUAAGGCACACCGGAUUAUAAGGUCCGCUGUCGGCUUUUGAGAAAAUUUAAGGCUUUUAGGUGCGCCUUAUAGUGCGGAAAAUACGGUAAUUCUGCUUUUAGCAAAGACUACAGAAAUCAGGAUUUUAACUUGGCAAAUAAUUAAAAAAUGGUAAAAUACUAACUUUUUAAAUAACCAUAUCUAUUUUUUUAACUUAAUGUAAAAAAAAAAAAAAAAAGUUUUAAAAAAUCCAAUAUAAAUUAAUAGGUAAAAAAAAAGGAAUUGGGGAGUCAAAACUGAGUGAUUAUUUGGCUAUCAGAAUAAUUAAAAGAUGGUAAAAUACUAACUUUUUAAAUAACCAUAUCAAUUUUUUUUAAUUUAAUGCAAAAAAAAAAAAUGUUUAAAAUCCAAUAUAAAUUAAUAGGUAAAAAAAAAAGGAAUUAGGCAAAUUUUCAGUCAAAACUGAGUGAUUAAUUGGCUAUCAAAAUAAUUGAAAAAUGGUGAAAUACUAACUUUUUAAAUAACCAUAUCUAUUUUUUUUUUAUUUAAUGUGAAAAAAAAGUUUUUAAAAAUCCAUUGAUACUAUUAAGAGGUAAAAAAAAAAAAAAAGGAAUUAGGCCAUUUUUCAGUCAAAACAGUGAUUGUUAAUUGGCUAUCAAAAUAAAUGAAAAAUGGUAAAAUACUAACUUUUUAAAUAACCAUAUGUAUUUUUUUAAGUUAAUAUAAAAAGUUUUCAAAAAUCCAUUGUUACUAUUAAGAGGUAAAAAAGGAAUUAGGCCAUUUUUCAGUUAAAACAGUGAUUAAUUGGCUAUCAAAAUAAUUAAAAACUGGUGAAAUAAUAACUUUAAAUAACCAUAUCUAUUUUUUUUUAAUUUAAUGUGGAAAAAAAAGUUUUUAAAAAUCCAUUGAUACUAUUAAGAGGUAAAAAAAAAAAAAAAAGGAUUUAGGCCAUUUUUCAGUCAAAACAGUGAUUAUUAAUUGGCUAUCAAAAUAAUUGAAAAAUGGUAAAAUACUAACUUUUGAAAUAACCAUUAUCUAUUUUUUUAAGGUUAAUGUAAAAAAAAAGUUUUUAAAAAUCCAUUGAUACUAUUAAGAGGUAAAAAAAAAAAAAGAAUUAGGCCAUUUUUCAGUUAAAACUGAUUAAUUGGCUAUCAAAAUAAUACAAAAAUGGUAAAAUACUUUUUAAAUAACCAUAUCUACUUUUUUUUAAUUUAAUGUAAAAAAAGUUUUUAAAAAAUCCAUUUUACUUGUAAGAAAAGAAAAAGGAAUUCGGCCAUUUUUCAGUCAAAACAGUGAUUAAUUGGCUGUCAAAUUGUCACUUAAACGUGGUAUCCCUACUGUACAAUGUUUCACAGAUGAACGAAUUGCUUGCUAAAACAAUGCUAUGCAACGUGCAUGUUUAGUUUGGCUGUACAGGGUCUCAUUUUGACUCAGGAAAGAUGACGUGUUUGAUCAAUGCAACGGCUGUUUUUUCGCUCAUAUAUAAAUUUCGUGUCAUUUGUAACUGCCUUGAUGUGCUGCUAAAAACAAAAAAAUUCAUCAUUCCUGUGUUUUCAGCAAACAUUUCCUCAGUUUCCAUUUAUUUAUGCCAAUGCAGGGAGUAUAUUAGCAGUUUAUAUGGCAGAAUUCACACGGUUGUGUAUGAUGGAGGCUACGAUUUGCGGUCUUCUAUUGUUGAGGUUUUGCCAAACGCGUAAAAAAAAAAAGUUAUUUUUUUAAUUGCUGUGACUCGAACGUGAAUGACAAACAGCUCAUGAAAAUCAUCAGAAUACUGUAAUAGAGUAUAUGAAGGCCGAUUGGAGUCUGCGAUUGACUCCUAUUAUAUGCUGGAGUUGCACACUUGAACCCGAGUCAUGCUUAUUUUGAACUGCCUUUUCCUUCACAACAAAAGUGUACCGGAAAGCGAGUGAAAUGCAUGUACUUGUACUCCCUUUCUGGACAAGAUAACAAAGCUGUCUGUAAUGAAAUAAAAAACCAUGUGACUUACAAAAGCAUGAUUGUUUUGCUUGCCUGAGCGCAGCGUUUCUCCAAAUGGAUAUCUAUAGAUCAGUGGUUCUACUAGGGUACUGAACCCCACAAGUUUUACAUGUGCAUACACCAAACUUCCAUACCUGUCAAGUUGUAUACAAGUGAGCACUGAUUUUUAAAUGAGUACGCUGUACGUUCAAAAUUUGUACAUUUUUCGUGCAUUACAUUUUUUUUCUCCGUUUCGGUAACGAGACAUUGUGCGUUACUAUAUGUUACUACGUUGAUUGAAUGACGCGAGAAAAGUGUGUUGUGACGCUGUUGCAAACGCGAUGCUAGGCUAGGUGGCGCCAAUAUUUCCUGACUGUAGCCGACAGCCUACAACCUUGAACCCACUUGAUGCUACGCUAGAUAUCAUACAUAUAGAACUAGAUGCGAAAUUACAGACUCGUCGGCGUUAGUAAACAACCGCCAUCUUAAAGCAGUAGACUUCUCAGAAAGGCUCUGUUGUAGUGAACCUUCCAAGUGAACUUAAGUAUCUUUUUAUCUAAAAUGCUCCUAAAUUGGCAAAAUCUUGAAUGGUGAAACAAUUUUAAAACUGUCACAUGUCAAAAGUAGACAAAAGGGAACUAAUGCCAUAAUAGGAGCAAUUUUAACAACUUUAACGGUUGAUUCACAACAUUACAAUUGACUUCCAAACAUAGCAAAGGUUACUAUGUUUUGUUUUUUUGAAUGAAAAAAAAAAAAAAAAACAUGAACGG